AUGAACCACCCAUCUCCCGCACCACCACCUUCUCCAUCUUCAGCUCCAGCUCCAACCAAACCAAAACCAUCGACCAGCGCUUCUGGUUUUCUUAGGCCAGAAGCAAGGUACAUUUGGAAGUUUGAUACAUUCACUAAGAACUAUUUGAGAAGCUAUUUGGACGGAAAACAAGAAGCCGAGAUUGAUUCUCUUGCCAACAAGUUCACAGUGACUUUGGCCUGCAAUUACUUCAUUGGUGUGGAGGACUCUGAGCGUGCAGAGAAGCUGGUGGCAAAGUUGGACGACUUGGCUAUGGCUAUUCAUUCCAUGGAUUCGAACUUUCCGGGGACUAUAUUCUACCGAGAAAGCGAAGGAGCAGCUAAACUCCACAAGGCACUCGAAAUGAUAAUCGAGGAGAAGAGGGUGAAAAUGUCUAAUGGGGUUGUGAUGGAAGACUUUCUUUCACAGUUGUUGAUUGCCGGCAGAAACCAGAGUGGCCCGAAAUAUAGGCCGCCGGAGAAGAUUGUGGACACGAUGAUGGGUUUGCUGACUACUCGUUGUUGUGCUGCUGCCAGUGUUAUCACUUUCAUGGUUAAAUAUAUUGGUGAAAGACAGGACAUCUACCAAAAGAUACUUUCUGAACAAUCUGAGAUCAUGUCAAAACGGGAAGAUGGUGAUUCUUCACUUAGUUGGGAGCAUAUAUAUAAAAUGAAGUAUACGUAUGCUGUCACAUGUGAAACUAUGAGACGUGUAGCACCUUUACAGGGUACUUUUAGGGAGGCCAUCGCAGAUAUCUACUUCGCUGGUUUCACCAUUCCCAAGGGUUGCAAGAUUUAUUGGGCAUUUAAUAUGACAAACAAGAAUCCAGACUAUUUUCCUGAUCCAGAAAGAUUUGAUCCUCCAAGGUUCAGGCGGGAAGUUUUAGUCCUCAUUGAGAAAAUUUCAUGUAGCGUGAUGACGCCAACCCCAGCACAAGGUCUUCCAGUUCUACUCCACCCACUUUAA